UGCGAGCGCGUCGGAUCGCUAUAUUUUCCCAACUUAGUUGUAUCAACUUGGGGUUCAGGAAUUAUAUCCUGUCCUGAAUCCGACGAGAAGGUCGACAACGAGACCAGUUGUCGGUCGGUUGUGUAGCCGUGUCUAAUAUUGAGCCGGGUUUCUGGUGUUAUUCCUUUGUAAAUACUGUUAUUUGUAUAUACUGUAAAUGAUGACGUCCAUGGGCGGGAACCGAGCCCGGGGCAACUGGGAGCAAACCCCCGGCCAGACACAGCACAAGCAGAGGCCUCAGGCUACUGCGGAGCAGAUCCGACUUGCGCAGAUGAUUUCAGACCACAAUGAUGCAGACUUUGAAGAGAAGGUCAAACAGCUGAUUGACAUCACAGGCAAGGACCAGGAUGAGUCUAUGAUCGCACUGCACGAUUGCAACGGGGAUGUCAACAGAGCCAUUAACUCGUUGCUAGAGGGUACCCCAGACACUGAAUCUUGGGAAAUGGUGGGAAAGAAGAAGGGGGUGUCAGGCCAGAAGGAGACCAGCCAGGCAGAGACUGGAGAGGAAGGAAAAGAGAACCGAGACAAAGGAGGAGAGAAAGAUUUAGCACGUCGUCGAGGUGGACCUCUACGCAAGGGACGUGGAGUCAGUCGGGGACGAGAGUUUCGUGGUCAGGAGAAUGGCUUGGAUGGCGCCAAGGCUGUAGUAGCUGGAAGAGGUGCAGAGCGGGGCCCAGAUCGAGGCCUAGAGCGGGGCGCAGAGAGAGGCGCAGAGCGAGGCCGAAGGGGAAGAGGCAGAGGAAGAGGGACUAUUGGAGUAGCUGGACGACGAGGAGGCAGAUUUUCCGCGCAGGGCAUGGGCCAGAUUGAUAAGGGGCCCAGAUAUGAUAUUGCAGGAGGUGAGAGAACAUUCAACCCUGCUGACUAUGCGGAGCAAGCCCACAGUGAAGAAAACUAUAGAGGGGGCAGCACCUGGAACAACACAGGAAGCGCAGAGCUCGAGGAAGGAGCGAGGUUGGAAUAUGCUGCAGGAGAGGGAACAAAUUACCCGCCCAAGUUUGACUCUGCUCCUGGCGCCUGGAGGUCUGCCACAGAAGAGUGGGGCACUGAGGACUGGAAUGAGGAUCUGUCAGAGACCAAGAUCUUCACAGCUUCCAGUGUGGCGUCCGUCCCUCUGCCCCAGGAGAAUGUGACCAUCACCAAAGGACAACGGAUUGACCUUGCAGUGCUCCUGGGAAAGACUCCCCCAUCCUCCUCUUCAGAGACAGAAACCCCCCCCAUGGAGGCCACCCAGCCCCCUUCCAUGUCCCAGUCGCUGGUUUUUAGUAACUCCAAGCAAGGAGUGCCGCUCUCCCAAACAUCGUCCAGCACCCCGUACACCCAGCACAGCAUGGUGAGCAUGCUGAACAAGGGUUUCGGGGAUGUGGGGGACCCCAAAGGAGCGAGCACAGGGACCACUGGUUCUCAAUUCCUGGAGCAGUAUAAAACAGCCCAGGCACUGGCCCAGCUGGCAGCCCAGCACUCCCAGACGGGAGCACCGAACACCACCCCUUCAUCCUGGGACACCAGUGCCACCUCACUGGGACAGUACGAAAUGAAAAAUCAGGCGGAGUCUGCAGUCCACAUGCCCUUUACGAAGCGGCAGCCCUACCAGGCGGCCACCUCAACCUCGUCCAUGUUGGAUGUUUUCUUGCAGGAGAAAGGCUUGCCUCCCUCCACCGUGUCACAACAAACAUCCCCAUCCUAUGGGGUGCCUCCACCUGCUUCCUCCCUUCCUAAAAUGGCAGCUGUUCCUUCACUAGGUCAGCAAGUUUCCCCAAAUUCCUCAGAUGUCCAUGGUUCUAGUCCACUGAUGUUGCAGCAACACAAACUCAAACAGCAGAAGAAGAAGACUUCUAUUUCAUCAAAGAUUCCUGCAAUGGCGGUAGAGAUGCCUGGCUCGGCAGACAUCACAGUUCUCAAUCUUCAGUUUGGUGCACUGCAGUUUGGGUCAGAACCAGUUCUACCAGGCUAUGAGCCCACCCCUGCCACUACAACACAAACCAACCAGGUUCACAACAGUCGCUACACUAGCCCCAGCAGUGAGUCAACUCCAGCUCUCUCCAACUCCAGUCAGAUGGACAUGUAUGAUCAGAGAGCUUCUCAGAACCGGCGCUACCCUCCCUCAGCCUCUUCCUCCCCUCAGAAGGAUAUGCAGCCCAAGAAUGGCUUCAGUUCGAUGCAAACUACACAAUCUGUGGAAGCUUCAACAGGCUCUGCAGUAUCGGUCAAGCCGUGUUCUGAUUCAGUCACGGCCGUGUCCAGCAUGGGCACUUUGGUUGACAGUGGCUCCGCCUCCUUGUUGUCUGCAUCCAAUCAGACGUCCCACAGCGGUCUGGGCCACAGUGAAGACCUGCCUCCCAACACCCUCCCCCCUCCUCAACACAACAACUCUCACCAAUCGCAACAGAACAGCCAUGUUCAAUCUUCAGUCCGGACAUCUAACUCGAGCCUUCUCCAUCACAGUGUAGACGGUGACUCAAGCCUGCACUCCUCAUCCUUCCCUUCCUCAGUGUCAACCGUACAGUCAUCAGUUGCCUCCUCUUCCUCGGUGGCUGCUGCGCAGGUGUCACUCGGGGCCCCUCAGGCCUCCUCUGUGGGCUCUGCCACCAUGUCUGGCCUCGGCCCUGUCAGCAGUAUGGCCAUGGGCCUCAACACUGCCUCCAUUGCAGCGGCAGCAGCCGCUGCUGCAAUCGCCUCGGCGACUUCGACCAUUCCUUCUUCAGCUACUUCUUCACGCAGCUCUGUGGCCUCAGGAAAAGCGCCUCCAAACCUGCCACUUGGAGUGCCCCCUCUACUGCCCAACCCAUACAUCAUGGCCCCUGGACUAAUGCACGCCUACCCUCCUCAGGUGUACGGCUAUGAUGACCUGCAGAUGCUGCAAACAAGAAUACCGCUUGACUAUUACAGCAUCCCCUUUGCAACUCCCACAACAGCACUGACUGGUAGAGACGGCAGCCUGACAAACAACCCGUACUCUGGUGACUUAUCAAAGUUUGGUCGGGGUGAUGCAUCAUCUCCGUCUCCAGCCACCACAUUAGCUCAGACGCAACAGAACCAGAACCAGGCGCAUCACACCACACAGCAGCCAUUCCUCAAUCCCGCACUGCCGCCAGGCUACAGCUACACAAGCCUCCCAUACUACACCGGCAUGCCAGGCCUGCCCAAUACCUUCCAGUACGGACCCGCUGUGUUUCCGGUGGCUCAGACCUCGUCAAAGCAGCACGGCGUGAAUGUUGGCGUCAACGCAUCAGCCGCACCCUUCCAGCAGGCUAGUGGCUAUGGUUCCCAUGGAUACAACACUGGCUAUGAGGAUGUGGGCCAGGCUUCAGUGAGUGGGGAUUUCUGUAAGGGCGGAUACGGCACUGCCGUGGCCGCUGCUGCUUCUGCACAAAACAAGCCAGCCAGCUCUGUCACCGGGCCGGGAGUCGGAGUCUCUGUGACGUCAAGCAACACGGGGGUACCAGAUAUUUCAGGGUCUGUUUACACAAAGACGCAGCAGUCGUUUGAGAAGCAGGGUUUCCACGCCGGCGCGCCAGCAGCUUCGUUCAGCCUGCCCUCGGCUCUGGGGAGCGGUGGACCCAUCAACCCCCCGACGGCGGCCGCCUACGCCCCGGCCCCCUUCAUGCACAUCCUGGCACCGCAUCAACAACCCCACUCUCAGAUCCUGCACCACCACCUGCAGCAGGACGGACAGAGCGGGACCGGACAGCGCAGCCAGAACGCCUCCAUUCAGCAGAAGUCUCAAAUCAACAAGUCGGCAUACAACAGCUACAACUGGGGGGCGAACUAACAUCCACUGUUGGGGCCCCCACGCUGUUGACGGAAGCUAGUAGGGGGCUCAUCACUCCUUCCGCAAACGGCCUCCACAUAUAAACUCCCCCCUCCCCAGUCUCUUGGCCCAGCACUCCUGCAGCUCUGAGGAGGUGCUGCGCCGAGAGAACCAGCACUGUAAAGAUGCAUGGAUGGAUGCAUGGGCGGGAGGGACGAACGGAGCUAAAUGGUUAUAGAAAUACGCCGUCAAGAGGUGAAAUAUUGAGUGUUGGGAAUUUGUAUUGUGUUAAUCCCCCAGCCCCACCCUUUUUUCUUUGACUUGUAUGUAACAUAGAACUGUUUUCUAAAAGAAUGUUUUCUGUCUGGUCGUUUUUUCUUUGUUUUAGUUUUUUUGUCUGUCUUCCCCCUCCCCGCUUUUUUUCUUGCAGAUGGGGAGCAAUGAACUAAUAUCUAAAGGUGGGGGGACAGGCUGGUUUUGUAUUUCUCGCCCUCAACUCCCCACUCCUUAAUUUGUUGGUGGAACAAAAAAAUACAUAAAUUCGCUUAAUUGCUGUUGAAUGUUUAUUUUUUAUUUUUUAUUAUGUCAUUUUAAGUUUGAAGAAACAAUUCUCGAAAUUGGUAGAGUUGUGAAGUUUAUUUUUUACCAAAUAUAGAUAUAUUAUAUAUAAAGACAUAUAAGCGAUCUCACUGGCUUGGACUGUGAGGAAAGUGUGUUUGUCAUGUGACUGCGUGCAUGUUUGUACACACGGGGGCUGUGGUUGUGUACUGUGCUUUGUUUUUUGCCGAGCACAGAAUUUUUCAUUAUCCAACACUUGUACAGUAACUGUUCCUACGAAUUAUAAAUAUGUUGCAUAAAGGCCUCAUUUAUUCUGCAAGAGAUGUUGAAUGAUUUCCAAGGCCAAUACACACCCAAUCUGCCUUCCAGUGUGUUUUUAUUUUUUUGAGGCCCCCCCCCACCUCCUCCCUGCUCCACCAACACCACCUGUCUCCCAUUGUAAGGAAACCUGCAGCAUUGAAUACCGAUGGACAAAAUUAUACUAUGGGUUUUUUUUGUCAGUGAUUUAUUUUGUUCUUUUUGUACUGUGCGUUUUAAAAACAAUUUAAAUGGAUAAACUUGUCUUGUACAUAUUUAAAAAAAACACAAGUACUGUAGUCCCUGUUUGUUCGAUGGCUUUCGCCUUUACCUUCUCAAGAAUCCUUGCAGACUUGUUAGCUUUUUGUUUCAUGUAUUUUUUUUAAUUUUGUAAAAAUAUAAAUAUUAAGUAAAUAAACAAGAAAAAGAAAUUUUCAUAAAUUUUGAUGUAAAUGUCUUCUAAGAAACUAUUUGUUUAUCGUGUGGCUUGGCCUUAAUUCAUCUGACAGUUUGAAACUGAUCCUUGCUAUCGGCGAGACGAUGAAUUGACAAACACUGCAAGAAGCCGUUCCAUCAAGUGUUUGGCACAACUGAAUCCCUCUGGAUGAGAGGCUCAUGGGUUGGUGUCUGUUAGAGGCCCGAGUUAUCCAACAGACUCCAGGGAUCAGCGCUGCACAUCUGCUUUGUUUUGUUUGCACGAUUUGGUGGACUUUUUACAUCUAAAUUUCAGUUUCACAGAUUGAUAUUCCGCUAACGCUUGAACAGAUUGGUCUCUAGCUAAAUAUCUGCUAUGCUACCUGCAGUCAAUGUAAUCUUGCAGCCAUUUACAUUUCUUGAAAAAAAAAAAAAUGUAUAGCUUCACAUUCUAACUAGUCAUGUCCACACAGCCCUGCUGCUGGUCCCUACAGUAUAGUCCAACCAUGUCCUGUUUCCCUGAGGUGUUGUAGCUUGUCAAGUGAAACUCAGUGGUGGAAGGUUCUGUCAAGUAGGUAUAUUGUACUUAAGUAUUUCUGUUUUGUACUAUUUUAUACUUCUAGUCCAGAAUGAGGACAUUUUACUUUAUAAAUCUCGUACAUUUAAACAACAGUUCCUUCACCGGC